AUGACAGAGCUUCCUCGACCUUCGGACGUUGACAUUCAACUGAGGAGAUUCUUUAAAGAACUUUACCAUACGGUAGCAAAAGUGGCCCAAGACAGUAAUGAACGCCCUCGCGAGGGCAAGAAGCCCUUUUCGUUCUCGAUGCCGCAAAUGGGAUGGUUACAAAAAACUUUGGAACGCAUUCUGCGAGAAAAGGUGCCGCGACGUACGUUAGUAGCUGCUCUACAUCUGGCCCCUCAGCUACCUCGAUUUGUCUUAGAGCUGGUUGGGCGCUGCCAGGCGUUCAGGACCAGUAUGUAA